ACAUAUGUCCCCAUAUCUGUGCUGUGCAUAUAUAUUUGCAUACACGCAGCACACACAUUCACCAUAAUCUCCUCAUCUCUCUCUCUCUCUCUCUCUCUCUCUCUCUCUCUCUCUCUCUCUCUCCCUAAACAAGAAUCUUUUCUAGAAACUGCAAGUACCACCCCAAAAUAUGGCGGUGGAGCUCAUUGUCAAGGCCGCUACUGGUGCUCCUGAUGUUCCUGGAGACUGUCCUUUCUGCCAAAGGGUGCUGCUGACUUUGGAGGAGAAGAAAAUCCCGUACAAGGUACGGCUGGUCAAUCUCAGCGACAAGCCCCAAUGGUUUUUGGAACUGAACCCAGAAGGGAAAGUGCCAGUGAUCAAAUUUGAGGACAAGUGGAUUCCUGACUCUGAUGUUAUUGUUGGCAUAAUUGAAGAAAAAUACCCUGACCCUUCUCUCACUCCUGCCCCCGAGGCUGCCUCUGUGGCGUCCAAAAUCUUCCCUGCUUUUAUCAAGUUCUUAAAGAGCAAGGAUCCCAGUGAUGGUACAGAGCAGGCUUUGCUGGAUGAGUUGAAGGCCCUGGAUGAACAUCUCAAGGAACAUGGACCAUACAUUAAUGGGGAAAAUGUUUGUGCUGUUGAUUUGAGUUUGGCGCCAAAGCUGUACCACCUUGAGGUGACUCUUGACCACUUCAAGAGCUGGAAAAUCCCUGAAAGCUUCAUUCAUGUCAAUAAUUACAUCAAGUUGCUCUUCUCUCGGGAGUCAUUUAAGAAGACCGUGGCUGCAAAAGAAUAUGUGAUUGCAGGAUGGGAGCCAAAGGUCAAUGCGUGAAGUUAUUCUAAAUUGUAGUAGUUGAUAUGUAUUUUUCGCGCUUAAGUGUAUCUUGUAUGGAGGUACGUUUAGACAUAGAUAGAAAUGUGGGGAAGGCUUUGAACCAGAGUAGUCACUGCCUGGUCCUAUGCCUAAUAAAAUUAUAACUAUAUGCUGUAUUUAAGGUAUGGUGUUCAUCUUGACUUGGUAAGUGCAGGUAUUGUUGUAUUAGAAGGGCGAAUAUGAUCCAUUUUGUGGAUUGAAUGCCUUAAUGUUAAUGUUGUCAUCUAAGUCUUGCCUUAGCUCGCUCGAAUCUGCAAUAUAAUGUUAAUGUUGUCAUCUAA